AUGGCUGACGAGGAUCGACCACUCACCGAGGAUGAAAAGAAAGCACGCAAGAAAGCUGACCGUGAACGUAAACGGCAAGAGGCGCGUGAAGCCGCUGAAAAAAAGAAGCGGUUCGCCCUCACACCGGAAAAAAAACGUAAAUUACGGCUUUUGAUCAUGAAAAUGGCUACAGAAAAUAUCAAAGGUGAACAACAAAAACGUUUAGAAGCACGGAAACAUUAUAUUGAACAACAUAUUAAACCAUUGCCAGAUUUUGCAUCACAAAGCGAUGCGAAUAUACUGGCAUUUUGCAAAGAAUUACAACAACAAGUACAACAAAAUGAGGAAACACGCUAUGAUUUGGAAAUUAAAAUUCGUAAACAAGAUUAUGAUAUCAACGAAUUAACAAUAAAAAUAAAUGAUAUCAAAGGUAAAUUUGUUAAACCAUCAUUGAAAAAAGUAUCAAAAACGGAACAAAAAAUGAACAAAAUCAAAAAACAAAAAGAAGAAGAACCAGAUUUUGUUUCAAUGGCUAAUUUGAAAAAGAGUGAAAAAAAUAAAUUUGCGCUCAAAGAAGAAAAAGAAGAAGAUAAAGUUAAUUUUCGUGAACAAGUACAAUUAAAAUCAGCCAAAGAACAUAAAGAAGAAGACGAAGCAUAG